CCAUGGGAGCGACUCGGGUUGCUGGCCUGGUAGUGGUCCCAGCCCGGUGAGGACCCAGCAGGAGCAGUCUGUAGAGAAAGCCUAGCCACAACCUUCCUCUUCAGCGAUCGGACCUGCGGGGCGAGCUGGGUAAGGGGUACCUGGCCCUGCAGCUGCAGGCCAACCGAAGGACGGCGGAUCCCAUCUGCAGAAGCCCCAGCUCCAGCAUCUAUGGACGCCCUCCAGGAACAGUACAGUCAGCUUUGUUCAGAAAAUGUACGGAAAACUAAUCCUUAUAUACUGCACAUACUCCAAAAAGUGGAUGAAGAAAUUAAAAAGGGACCAGAAGGAGGAAUCACAUUAAACGUUGCUGGUAACAAUCACUUAGUCCCAGUACAAAAAGUAACAGGUGAAGAUUUUUGGCUUCUUACCAAAGUUUUAAAGAACCAUUCACGUAUCCAUGGUCUGGAUGUGAGGUAUAACAGCAUAAGUGAUGUUGGUGCCUACUACGCUUCGAAACUGCUUCAGAAACAGCCAAAUAUCACUUACUUAAACCUUAUGUUUAAUGAUAUUGGACCUGAAGGUGGAGAAUUGAUUGCUAAAGCACUGCAUAAAAACAAAACUCUCAAAUACUUGAGAAUGACUGGAAAUAAGAUUGAAAAUGCAGGCGGCAUGCGUUUUGCUGCAAUGCUGCAGAUAAACUCAUCCCUGGAGAAACUGGAUCUGGGCGACUGUGACCUGGGACUGCAAAGUGUGAUAGCAUUUUCUACAGUACUGACUCAAAACCAAGCAAUCAAGGGGAUAAACCUGAACCGACCUAUACUGUAUGGAGAACAGGAAGAGUCUACAGUUCACAUGGGCCACAUGUUGAAAGAAAAUCACUCCCUUGUUGAACUGCAUAUGUGUAAACAUGGCAUAAAAAAUUUUGGUAUGCAACAGCUGUGCAACGCGCUGUUUCUGAACAGCAGCCUACGCUACCUUGAUGUCAGCUGCAAUAAAAUAACUCGUGAUGGAAUGGUGUAUUUGGCUGAUGUACUGAAAAGCAAUACUACCCUGGAAGUAAUAGAUCUUUCUUUUAACAGAAUAGAAAACACAGGCGCAAAGUACCUCAGUGAAACUCUAACUUCCCACAACAGGAGUCUUAAAGCAUUGUCUGUAGUCAGCAACAAGAUAGAAGGAGAAGGGCUUGUUGCUCUUUCACAGUCAAUGAAAACAAACCUCAUAUUAUCUAAUAUCUACAUUUGGGGGAACAAAUUUGAUGAUGCUACGUGUGUGGCAUAUUCAGAUUUGAUGAAGAGUGGCCGGCUAAAGCCAGAUAACACAGAUGUGGAACCAUAUGUGGUGGAUGGACAUGUCUACCUUGCAGAAGUCUCCAAUGGCCUUAAAAGGCAUUAUUACUGGACGCCAACUUACGGAGAGGCUUAUGACCACGCAUCUACUGCAGGCUUUGCUCUUGUUCCAGUCGGCCAACAUCUAUAAGAAACAAGCUCCAAUAGUUUUCACACAUUUGUCUCAUCAUUUUUAGAGACUAAUAUUUUAUAGUCUAUUUUUUUCUUUAUAAAUUAGAACAAGUUUUUUUUAAAAUCAAAUUUGUUAAAACUUUGUGUACUUGCCCCUUGUUGAGAAAAAACUGAUUCUUAAUAUAGACUACACUGUCAACCCUGAAGAAACCACUCUAAUUCUUUUUAUAAUGAAAAACAAGUAACAAACACAAAAACCACAGACAGUGGAGUAAUAAGCAAAGGUCACAACAGACAUCUUAACCAAAUGGUAUAGUAGAAAGGAUGCAGCUGGGAAAUAUCCCGAGGAUUUCAGAUUUCCAAGUUUAAAGUUCAAAAGUAUUCCACAUAAGACUUUUACGUAUUGCAGACAGGUGUUAGUACCAAUAGCACAAGAAAAUAAAAAGUUUUCUUGCAUAGACAGUGACUAGCCUGAGUUUAUACACCCUUUCUGUGUCUGGCUCUUGUUCACUCAAUAUUAGUGCAAUUCACCCAUGUUAUUCAGUGCAGUUGCAGUCCAUUUCUUAUUGCCUUGAAGUAGUAGUCCAUCCUAUGCUGAGGAAGAAUCUAUAGGAGUCUAUAAAGAGAUGGUCUUUCAGGAUUAGAUAUUCAAGCAUCCCUUAGCAAUGCAGUUGGCUUUCUUGGGUCUCAGUCUACUCCUGUGUGCUACAGUGGGGCCCAAAUGUUUACAUAUUCUUACAAGGGGGGGUGUAGCAGGUAAGAUGGGAAGGGACAGCAAAUAAGUCUGCCUGAGCUUGCAGUAGGAGGUACAUGAUCAACUUGCAUUUGGACCUAUUCUGGGCUAAUAAAGAUGGAGCCUUAAUGAGCUGUCCACACAUAACUGAGGUCAGGCCAGUUCAGUAGACAAGUACUGGUUCUAACAAGGAACCAGUUAUUUUUUAGGGAAGGUUUGAUGAUGCAGUUUUACAGGUCAUUGUUUACUGCCUCAGAGGCCAGCACAAUGCUCAGACACAUUUAUUCUGAUGCUAUUAUGUCAUUUAGUUCCCUUUAUACAUCUGGAUACCAUCUGAGAGAUAAGGUAGAAAGCAUUCUUCCAAAAGAUGAGCAGGCUAAUGAGAGUAGGCUAAGAAGUUGUUUUCCACUAGACUUAUCCUUACUUAGGCAAGGACUCGAGGAGACACACAAGUUCUGUAGGAGAACUCCACUUCCUCUGUACAUCUUACACUGAAUAAAAUUACAACAUAUUAUAUGGCUUCUACUUCCCUUUUAGCAAUUGUCUUUUAAGAUACUGCUUUAAAAAGCUGAUUAUAGUCAUGGAUCAUAUUAUACUAAUAAUGCUCUAACUCUGAAGGCAAAAAAUUAAAGGGCACACUUUAAAAAUAAUCUGAAAUUAAAGAUAAAAUAGAAAUGACUGAGAAACAAAUGUUCAACAUCCUUAGUCAUCAGAGAGAUGCAAAUUAAAACUACCUUGAGAUUUUAUCUUAUACCAGUCAGAAUAGGCAAGAUUACUAAAACAAAUGACAGUUCAUGCUGCUGAGGAUGUGGGAUAGGGGGAGCACUUAUUCAUUGCUAGUGGGAGUACAAACUUGUACAGCUACUAUGGAAAUCAGUGUGGUGCUUCCUCAGGAAGCUGGAGAUAGAUCUACCUCAAGAUCUGGUGGCAAUACCACACUUGGGCACAUACCCAAAGGACUCUAAUCCUGCUACAGAGACAUUGUUCAACCAUGUUUGUUGCUGCUCUAUUCAUAAUAGGCAGAAACUGAAAAAAGCCUAGAUGUCCAUCAAUGGAUGAACGGACAAUUAAAACAUGGUGUAUUUAUCCAACAGAAUAUUACUCAGCUGUUAAAUAAAAUUAUAAAAUUCUCAGGUAAAUAGAUGAAGCUAAGAAAAAAAAAUCACCCUGAGUGAAAUAACCUAGACUUCCAGAAAACAAAUAUGCUAUGUUUUAUCUUAAGUGUUAUGAUGGCUAUUCUUGCUUGUCAACUUGACUACAUCUGGAAUUAACUAAACCUCAAGCAGCUAGGCACACCCAUAAGGGAUUUUUCUUGAUUAGAUCAUUUGAAGUCAGAAGAUCUACCUUAAAUCUGGGCCACACCUUCUGGUGGCAGUUUAUAUAAAGGACAUGGAAGAAGGACACUUUUACUUUUUGCCUGCUUGCACUCACUCUUGCUGGCAAGCUUAUUCCUUCACUGGUAUUAGAGAACAUGUUUUCAGGAUUCUGAGAUAUAGCCAUUAUUGAACUAGCCAGGUCACAGCCUGUAAGCCACUCAAAUAAAUCCCAUAUACAUAUUUUGAUAUGCAUAUCAAAUCUCUCUCUCUAUAUAUAUGUAUAUAUUCAUUCUAUCAUUGUUCUAGAGAACUCUGACACAGAAGUGGACAUUAGCUUUAAAGCCUUUGAUAUGUGUGCUGAUCCAUAGAACCAGAGGUUAGGUACAAAGUCAGGGACUAGUGGGGAGGAGGAAAUCUCCCAAAGAAAGGAGAAAUAGAAUACAUUGUUAUGAAGAGAUGGAGGUGGGGAGGACCUAGAGUGGGAGGACUAAAUGGGAAGAGGUGAGGAAGAGAGGGGCUAAGGAGGGACAGCUAACACUAAGAACCCCACUACUGUAGAAGCUUCCUAAAAUAUAUACAUAUAUGAAAGAAAUCUAAAUGUAUCCAAACGACAGGGGAGAGAAUGCCUCAACUAGACAUAUUCCACUACCAGGUGAAACUUCCAGUGCCAGGAAUGGGUUUCAGAUAAUUCAAAUGUUGACCAAAGGACCCUAUGGGAACCCCCAAACAACUCAAGCUAUUGCCAAGACUAUUGGCUGCUCUCUACAAACUGACGGUAAGACCCUAUUGCUGAAGAGAACACUUACAAAUGUGAGGGAACACAGAGAAGUCUAGCUGAAGGCUUUACUUAUACUGAUUAGCAUUCACGGCACCAGAAUGCACUACUUCAGGAGAAAGAUGACCACCAACGCAGCUACCAACCCUUUGAUCUACACUGGCAAUUGCAAGGUGCGGCAGUUCAACAGCGGCACUAACAUAGUGGGCAGUACCCAGCCAGCUCUGAGUGGAUGAGGCCCACUGCACGAGAUGGAAUUCAUGUCUGACAACACUCGAGUAGUCAAGAAUUUGAGACUGGAUAGGCCAUGGGCCUCAGGGAAAAACAAAUACUACUGUUCUGCUAAAGAGACACAGCAAUACAAUGACUCCUAAUGGCAUUCUGCUGUACCCACAGAUCAGUGUAGCAUUUAUCACUCAGCCAUCGCAGAAGCUUCUUGCAGUAGCUGGGAACUGACACAGAGAACCACACCUGGGCAACAUAAACAGGGACUUUGGAGCAUGCAGUCCUAAAACAGGAUGUCUUCAUCAAACCCUCCCCUCAAGGCUCAGGGAGCUAUGCAGAAGAAGAGGUGAAAAGAGUCUAAGACCAGGAUGGAUGGAUGACUGCAGGGAACAGUAUCCUCCAGAUAUAACAGGACUGGUGUACAUAAGAAUUCAAAGACUGGGGGCUGGAGAGAUGGCUCAGGGGUUAAGAGCACUGGCAGCUCUUCCCAAGGUCCUGAGUUCAAUUCCCAGCAACCACAUGGUGGCUCACAACCAUCUGUAAUGAGAUCUGGUGACCUCUUCUGGUAUGCAGGCAGAACACUGAAUACACAAUAAAUAAAUCUUAAGAGAAUGGUUA